CGUAUUAAUUCGUGCAUCAUGACUGCCGUGGCGUUGCUUUUCGUAGCGGUUUUGACCACUGCAGUGGCAGAUACGAUCGAUUGGGCGCGCGUGCAACCGGUUGAAGAGUUAGACCACUACUGGGCUCGAUUGCCACCGGCAUUACACGCUUUCCGGAACACGUCCCGAAUCACCAACGGACAGGAAGCCGAGCCGGGCCAGUUCCCCCACCAGACGCUCGUGUUGAGCGAGUAUGGCGUGCUGACAACCAUGUGUGGAGGUUCGCUGUUAACGCAACACUUCGUCCUCACGGCGGGUCAUUGCGUGAUGCUGGAUCAGAGCACUCUUGCCAGUGGUGGCACCGUCAUCCUCGGCGCACACAACCGACUUGAGGUCGAACCGACGCAACAGCGAAUUCGUUACGGCCGCAGUGGCAUCGUUGUGCAUCCACAGUACGCCGUCACCAACUACCGCUUUGACGUGGCGCUCGUUCAGCUCAACUCGGCAGCGAUCUACACUGUGGCGGUUCAACCAGUACGUUUGCCGGCCAGAAGCGAUCCACGGCAAUUCGAGGGAUUCAUCGGCACUGUCAGUGGGUUUGGCAGAACGAGUGACACUGAGACGGUGUUUGCCCCAGUACUCCGUUAUACCGUCAAUCCUGUCAUGGCGAACGUCGAUUGUCUCGGGUUUUGGAGUGUGUUGCUCGUAGAACCUCAAAACGUGUGCCUUUCCGGUGAGGGCGGUCGGUCAUCGUGUAACGGGGACUCGGGUGGUCCACUGACUGUGCAGGAAUCGGGAUCGUCAUUGCUGAUCGGUGUGACGUCGUUUGGAUCCGGAAGCGGGUGCACACGUGGUAUGCCGACGGUCUACGCGCGAACUUCCUUUUUCAUGGACUGGAUCAGUGCCAACUCGGAUUACGUCGAUGGUUGA